UUAACGAGUGGGAAAGCCGAAGUGUUUGGAACAGAGCUGGUUUCAGACAAGCGCUAUACUUUCCUCUCUGGGGCUUCAGUUGCAGUUUACACAUGGCAUGGUUGUACGCUCAAGAUCACAGGAAAUACACAAGGAACCUACAUUGCCAAUGACACUCCAAUGGUUAUGUACUUAAACACACAUGCGUGUUUAGAGCGAUUACGAGAACAUGCGGAUGAUGGACUGAGUCGUGGAGAAGAUAAAAGAGGGCCCGUUACAAUGAUUGUGGGACCGGCAGAUGUAGGAAAAUCAACGUUGUGCCACAUCCUUCUUAACUAUGCUGUACGUAUGAGACGCAGACCAAUCUUUGUGGACUUGGAUGUCAGUGACGGAUCUAUUGCAAUCCCAGGUACUAUAGGGGCACAACUAGUUGAGCGUGCUUUCAGCGUGGAAGAAGGAUUUUCUCAAGAAGCUCCCUUGAUCUACAACUUUGGACACUUGGCCCCACAUUCCAACUUGACACUGUACAAUAUUUUGGUUUCUAGAAUGGCAACCACAGUUCAAGGCAAAAUGGGUGGCAAUAAAAAGGUUGCAGCUUCCGGUGUGGUGAUCAACACUUGUGGUUGGGUCAGAGAUGAAGGUUACAAGAGCUUGGCACAUGUUGCUCAGGCAUUUGAAGUUGAUGUUAUUAUUGUACUCGGCCAAGAGAGAUUGUACAAUGAACUC